CAGUAAUGGUGGUCACAGUAUGUACAUGACGAACGCGACACACUAUAUGAAUGGCAGGCCUGCUAAACCCCGGAAUGGAGAAAGGUUGAACUAAUACCGGAUCCUGCUACCUUGGGGCGAGCCCUGUACCGAAAAUCUUUCGGGUGUGGGGAUAUAACGCUAUGCGGAUUGUGGGGCACUGCCUGGGCCUUAAUGGCAUUACACCAACGCCUGCCCGGUCGCCGUAGUAUGCUGAAAGUUGACAAGUCAAAAACUAAAAGCCAUCAUGGUUUCCCCAGAGCUUUACGCCAGCCGCGGAUGUGUUGUCUGUCGUUUGGAUUACUGCUGUUGCUGUGCUGGGGACAGGGGGUGGUGGGGGCAUCCCCGUCCCCCUGUCCGUCCAUGUGUAAAUGUUACAGUGUGGACUCGUCCCCCACAAACUGUGUGGUGGACUGCAGCAAUGCAAAUAUUAGUUCAUUAACCGAAAUUCCAUCCUCGGAUUUGCCAUCAUCGAGUUGGAGAGUUAUCCAUUUAAACAUAUCAAGAAAUAGUAUUAAUUCCAUCGUAGCCAAGUCAUCAGUAUUGCAGAAUUUGCCUUAUCUAGAGUCACUAGAUUUGUCAUAUAAUGACUUUACAACACUUUUAUCAGAUUCAUUUGCCUCAAUAGUAAAGAUAAAGUACUUAAACCUUUCACAAAAUAGUAUUACUCACAUUGGUGCCAAUACGUUUUAUUCUAUGACAAGUCUGAUCACUUUGGACUUGUCAUACAAUAAGUUUACAGAAAUAGAUGCCACAACUUUCAAAUCUACGACGAACCUGCAGACAUUGAGUCUUGCGGGGAAUUUGAUAACCAAGUUCAAGGAUAAAUCCUUUGAAGUUCCAUUACUCACCACAUUAGACUUGUCAAAUAAUCCUGUGACAUCAUUUGAGAGGCUAAUGUUCACCUCAUCUAGUAGUAUCACCACAUUGUAUAUAAACAAAAUGAAUCUCACCAGUCUUCCACCUUACCUGUUCACCAACCUGAGGCUGCUGGAGAAUCUAGAUGCAAGUUCCAACCAGAUACAUUCGUUAGAAGUGGAGACAUUCUAUGGCCUGUCGUCACUGCAGUACCUUGAUAUAAGUAACAACAGACUGGGAUUUCUGAAUGCUUCCUUGUUCAGGGACAUGAACACCUCUUUGACUAGUCUAAAUAUUGCUUACAAUGAUUGGGUGUGUCAGUGUUCUCUGAAACCAUUUAUAGAAUAUCUAGUCACCUUCAACAACAGUGCAGGGAAAACACUGAUAAACUGGCAAAAUACGACCUGUACAGACCCAGCAAGCCAGGUUCUUCUCUCGCUCAACUCACAGUUUUUAUCUAACUGUUCACCUUCAAUACGCAAAAAAAGAAAUGGAGCUGAUCCAGCAAUGUGUCGAGUGUCAAGUUCAAAUUCCAUACACUGCAGGGAGGGUGCUACAAAUUACUUUUCAUGCUACAGUGAUACAGGCUUAGGUAGUAUAUCUACAGUCGUGUAUGCUACUGUCGUAUCCUCAACAACUGCCUCCACCCAACAAUUAUGUAUAGAGGAAUGUUUCAAACUGGCCGGAACUUAUGCUUCCUACGAUUCCAGCUAUUGUCUGUGUGGUAACGUCUCCUUAGAUUAUAACUGUCCGUGUUCUACUGCCACUUACGCAGAUCAGGACUCUGCGACAUGCACAAAUUCUGCAGGGAGCUCAGAAACCAAGACUUAUCUGGCAAAUAUCAACACUGUGUCAGCGGGAAUUAUCCUCAACCCCAUCUCUCGUCUCACCGCAGGCCAAAGCUACACUUUCAGGGUGAACGUUACCCUGGACAUCAUCAAUUUAUUUUAUUUCGACUUUGGAGAUACAUCUAGACUUAUAUCUAAGGGUGUGACUGGUAACACACUUGUCAUAUCCUAUACAUAUCCCGUGCCGGCUCACUACACUCUGACUGUGUCUGGUUGUUACUAUGACAAUGCUAGUACUGCGUGUGAUGCUGCCUCUGUACCUGUUCUGGUCGACCCCCCGGACACACAGGUGUCUGUCUCCUUGUCAGCAUCAUCUUACGAAGGUUCUAUCAACACAGCAUCAGUCAAUGCCAGCUUCACCAUGGGUCAAAACAUUGAUUUCUAUUGGAGCAGGUCACCUGACAAUGGCGUCACAUCCAAUACAAGUUUCUCUUGUGAGACAUCAUGGACGUUUGUACGGGGAAGGUGUAUUCAAGUGAGCAGCUCCGCCCUAGACUACGACACAGCCGUGACAUCUUGUACCAACUCUCUGCUCAACACCAUUCAACACUCCACUGAAGUCACUGAGUUUGCCACUAACAUUUUAAGUGUGUCACCUACAGUCACAUCUAUAUACAUAGAAGCGAAGAAGAAUGGCAGUUUCUACCUCUGGUCAGACAACACCUACACAUACUUCACCACUGAGGAUGUGACCGAUAGCACUGCCGGGGAGUGUGUAGUCAUAGACUUGAGCACCAACGCUCUCAAGGGUGCAGACUGCACUGCCACACAUAACUAUGUCUGCCAAAAACCUCCUAACAACGCCUGUCCUUAUGGAGGAGUUUACUACCCUACGACAAGGAACUGUUACCUUGCUGUUACUAGUGCCCCUCUCAACUGGUCUAGUGCGUCUUCAGCCUGCCAAGCCCUUACGUCUGGUGCCAGCCUCGCUACCUUUGAUAGUGCUCAGCUGGUGUCCCACGUCACCUCCAGUGUGUUAACGACUAACACAAAGGCUUGGGUGGGCCUGAGAUACCAGAACAUGGACGGCUACCUGGAGUGGGUGAACUCCGAGUCUGUGUCGGCCUACAACCCCAUAUCUUCCACACAAACAGGGGACUGUUUCGGUUUGUCUCAGACUGGAGACUGGCAAGGGUACUCAUGUUCUACCAUCCUCUCCUAUAUCUGCCAGUACUCGGUUGUAAAAGACACCGUGAGUGUAGAAGCCUCCGGAGUGGGGACCAUGAGUCUGGACCCUACAUCACAUACCUACACUCUGACUUCCCUAGCAACCUCUUCCACACCGGCCACAGAAAAAGGGGUCAUCACCAUCUUCCCAGGCUAUUCAAUACCCGACGAAAGUGGCACUGUUGUAGCAUGGACUUUCAAAUCUGCAAACCUGAACAGCUCACAGAUUGCCGCCUUCCAAGUGUGGCGCCCAGCAUGCGCCGCCAGUGAAACGUUUGUAACACCAGGGUGUAAUGGAAAUGGAGCCAGAUACGGCUCUUGUAAGUCUACUGCCACUAGCUGUCCAUCAGUGCAGACAUGUACAGAAGGGAAAAAGUAUUGCUUCCACGAUGAUGCAUGUAUCCCUGUAGCAGACCUAUGUGACUGUGGUGCAUGUACGGAAUCAUACGUUGGGUCUUCCCCUACCUACACCCUUGUAGGCCAGACUUUCGUCGUCAUACCAGCCGGUGCUUUUCAGUAUUACACCAUUUUGGCGGACAACAUUGACGUCCAGUCAAAUGACAUCAUAGGAUACCAAGUGAACACUGGGAGUAAUGUAAUCCUAUGUGAAACAGGUGGCGACUGGACCCAGAAUACACAGCAGGCAACUGUUAGUAAAUGGCUGUCAGUUGGUGACGCCUUUAAUGUUACCUACUGGAAGAACAACACUAUGUGCUACUUCAAUGCCAUCUACUCUAAAUCUGUCAGCAAGACAAUGCCUAGCUCUCUUGGGUACUUCACCACUGCAGGCACUACAGAGUUCAAGCUAAACGUUGUGGACCCUGUCAUUACCAAGACAAAGACGAUAACAUCGCAAGAGAUCAUUGGCACUCUCACCUGGCUGUCACCCGAACUACAGGUGGGACAAAGCACAGACACUAUUUUCGUCGAGUCUGGCACAUCCACGGACCUUUUAGUUGUUACAGACUUUGGCACAAAUCUAGCAGCUACUUGGACUUUUGAAUCGGCCACAACCUCCACAACUUUCAGUGACUCGUGUCCCAGCGCUGUAUCAGAUUCUGUAUGUACUUCUUACAAAAACUGGCCUGCACUUCCCUUUACUUCAACUUCGCAUACUUUUGCCACUGAUAUGGAGGUCCAUGUCGCUGUGUCUAACGAGGUGAGUUCGGCCAAUCUUACUGUGGCAGUCAGAGUGUUUGAGAGGAUCAGUGGCGUAUCUAUUGCACUGUCUACCUCACAGAGCAGCAACUACGUAGCCUAUAAUGAACAGACGUCCUUCACGGUGACUGUCAGCACUGGUACACCAUCCAUCUACAAUUACUAUGUGAACAGUACCUUGGUGUAUACUGCAAAUAGUGCCUCGUUCUCCCAUAAGUUCCUCAACACCACAGUGCCCUAUCACGUUGUUACAGUCAAUGCAUCAGAUGACUACAGCUACUCUGUUGCAGAGAUAGGAGUCACCGUUAAAGUUCGAGCCAGUUUCCAGAACUUCCAAUUCACCGAUAUACCAAGUGUAAUGGAAGUGGGCACACAAUAUGAGUACAUUGCUUCUGUGGAUGCUACUGUUGGCGCAGAAGUUUCUGUGAUGUGGAUAUUUGGUGUUGGACCUCCCCAGCUGGUUACUUUGACUAUAACAUCAACCACUCAGGAGUUUAGACUGAACUUUACUUACUCUCAAACAGGUUCCUACACAUUUGCAAUAUUUUUACAAGAUGAUUCCUUUAAAAGUGCUAAAUACAUAUCGACCUCCAUUGACAUUGUGGUGCCUAUAACAACUGUGACGUUAUCUACAAGUGCUACUGUAAUCUCAGAGGAUGAUACGAUCACAUUCACACCGUCUUUACCAGGACCAAGUUACUAUGGCAACACAAUCUAUUACACAUACAACUUCCAGGAUGGGACAACUCUAGUAAAUCAAACAACUACCAGUGUUUCUCAUAUGUUCAGUACGUUAUCUUCUCCUGUGUACAGUGUAACUCUCCUGGUUAUGAAUGGUAUAAGUUCAGGCAACACAUCCGUAGACGUGACAGUAGAACAACUGAUAACCAGUCUCUCUCUCACAGGAACUUCACCCAUUCUUGUCAAUACCACUGUGUCGUACACGGCUGCUGUUGGGACUGGUUCCCACAUCUUGUACAGCUUUCAGGAACCCACGUUAGGUCUGACCAGCAACUAUGCAUCUGCUUCUGCCUACAACUGGACUAUCCCCACAGUGGGAGUAUACAACCUCACAGUCAUUGCCAAAAAUACGUUUUCUUCUCUGACCCAGUCCCUGGAGGUUCGAGCUGUAGAUUUUGAUACACUUCAAAUCUUAGCUUUUGAGCAUGACAGCCAUGUGAUAACAUCAAGCUCUGUAGUGUUCAAACUUGAUGUCCUAAGCUUCAACUCUUCCUCCCUGCAUUGCGCUUGGGAUUUCGGUGAUGGCAUUAGUUUGGUGGGUACAGGGUUGACAGAAGUAUCACACUCCUUCUCUAAUGCUAGCAACUACACUGUCACAGUGACCUUAGUCCAUAAUUCAACAGGUAUUCAAAGGGUUCAGUCUAGUCUAAUUGGAGUUCAAGAUACAGUGACAGACUUGAGAGUACUUAGCAGUGGCAUAGGAAAUAUUGUGUCUGGAGCAGCAGCAACAGUAGUGCUGACAGCAUCUGUUGCCACAGGGACAGAUGUAUGGUACACCUACACCUUUGAUGGGUCCAGCUUCAGUACCACGAGUUUAACCUAUGACCUGGUAUACGGCACAGCUACAUUGCUGCUGCCAGUGGAUGUGGUGGCAGCCAAUCAAAUCAGCUCUGUAAAUAUUACGAUAACAGUAACGUUUUUGGAGUCUGUAGAGUCACUGAUACUCAACUGUUCAGAAUGUACUUUGGAUAGUGGUAUCUCCUACUGUGCCACUAAUGCAACGUCCACCUACACGGCUACUAUCCAGCGAGGUACCAGUGUUGGCUAUACCUUUGUUGUGGCAGGUCAAGCAGAUUCAUCUACAAAUCCAUUGCUUCAAAAAUUCUCAGCAAAUGGUGACGUCUUUGUGAAUGUGACAGCAAGUAAUAAAGUUAGCUCAGCUGAGUACAGUUUGCCUGUCGUGGUCCAGGACACCAUCACUAGUUUGUUGUUUAACGUGACUUCGCCAUCCACCGACAUUUUGGUCAACACCCCGUUAACUAUGGAUACCAUCAUAGUGGGCUCCCAUGCUGCCUAUAGGUGGAAGAUGUGUAGUACCUGUAACGUGAUCACAGCAUCUUCAGGUUCUUAUGUGAACCCAGGUUACACAGCUAGUGGAUCCUACACAGUCACUGUAGAGGGUUAUAACCAGAUAAGUAGUGCCACCGCCACCCUGGCCUUGUUAGUACAUGAACCUGUCACCAGUGUUAACAUCACCUCUAACGACCUGACCAGUGGCACAUAUGUGGCCAUCAAUACAGCAACAACCUUCAAUGCGACCGCCAACAUUCAUCAGCAUGUUUACUUUGAUUGGACCAUUUAUAAUUCAACUGAUACUGUAAAAACUGUGUUCAGUACCCAGACUCUGAAUUAUACUUUUACCAUAGAGGGGGAGUACUCUGUGAAAGUAACAGCUACAAACUCGCCCAGCUCAAAGGAAACCAAUUUGACAGUAAUCGUAGAAACACCCAUUGCUGGAGCAGCCAUCACUAACAACAACACCUCACCUAUAGCUACACUGACCGGUCUCCGCCUAACUGCUACAGUGACUGAGGGCUCUACAUUGUCAUAUGCAUGGUAUCAAAACAACACAGCUCUAAAUGUUGCAUCAGAAAACUUAGAUAUUGCUUUUGAUACAAGUGGUACGUACGUGUUGAGUGUGGUAGUGACAAAUCCCUUGGGUUCGAUGACAAAGACCAUAACCUAUGUUGUACUGGACGUGAUAGAAGAUGCUACCAUCGUAAUACCUAGCAAUCUCGUUUAUUAUCCGUUUGUUGCCAUUAAUAGUGCGGUACAAUUUUCAGCCAGUGUUCCUAAAGGAGACCAAAUCACCAUUACCUGGGAACUGAGACAGGCUAGUAGUGUCGUACAUACUGGGUCCUCAACAACCUUUGACUACACUUUUGCUUCUGUGGCCAAUUACACUCUAACGAUGAAUGUGACAAAUGAUGUGAGCUCGAUGGUGAAGACAACAGAUAUCUACAUUCAAACACCACUGACCUCUCUCAGUAUGACCUCAAAUGCCAAUGCAGCCGGUGCAGCAGAAACCAAUGCGCUGGUCACAUUUACCGGGGUUCACAACAGCGACGCAGAUCAUCUGACCUAUAUGUGGACAAUGGAUUCUGUGACCACCACAACCACCACUUACACGGAAACGCACAGCUUUACAGUUGCUCGGACCUAUGUAGCGUCUCUAAAUGUGUCCAAUCAGAUUUCUACCUACAGCACAUCAAUUAGUGUAGAAAUAGAAGACGCAAUCCAAGGACUGUCAAUUUCACAGUGUAAUGCCACAGUCAAUGUGACAGACUUGGCCCAGGCAUUCGCAGUGAUAACACAAGGCACAAAUGAGACAUACUCUUGGUCUGUUGCUAUGGAUGCUGGUACUAUACAGCAAACUAACAAAACAUUUGGAUAUUCAUUUCAAGAGACAGGAAUUUACAACCUUAAUCUGAAUGUGAGCAACCUUGUGGGCUCGGAUGUUUCCUCGUGCUGGUAUAUCAUCAUAGGACCUAUUUCGAAUGUGGUGAUCACAAUGUCAGAUGACAUCAACCUGUUUGUAAACUAUACUGUUGACUUUACUGUGACAGGUACCAAUCUGGUGGGAGUAACCUAUUUCUGGAGUUUUUCUCCAAUUGAUUAUAACACGUCCACAGAAACUGGUGCUUUCUCAAAGGUGUUCACUGUUAAACAGUCGUAUGAAUUACAGCUCACAGUUUCAAACAACAUCAACUCCUUGACUGUGGAGAAAGUUUUCUACAUCGAUGAAUUGACUUGCAUCGCUCCAGUCAUCACUGCUGCAGGGGUGACGUCCAAGACAGUGUACAAGGCCAAUUCUGUUGUAUUUGAGGUGGAUAUUAACAGGUUUACAUGUUAUUCCUAUGAUCUUCAUUAUCAGUGGACAGCCUACAACCUGACAAGCUGUGUCGAGACCCUUGCUAACCCAGUCACUCUCACCGACGCUGUCGUGCAAACACCUAGACUGUCCCUGACCAAUGGAACACUCAACUACGGCCAGUUCUGUAUUGUGUUGGAAGCUUCAUACCAGGACACUCCCCUAAAACAGACAGUGAUGUUUAAUGUGACUGUGACAAAGUCUAAUUUAGUAGCAGUUAUAGACGGGGGAAAGUUAGUCCAAAUUCCAGCCAACACUGUACAUCGUCUUGAUGGUAGCACCUCCUACGACAAGGACCUGUCUUCCUCCUUGCAGUACAGCUGGUCAUGUACAAAACUCUCGGGGUCUGCUGCUAGUGAUGCCUGCUCAUCAGUGUCUGGCAGUUCUAGCUCUAUCAAUAUUAACGCCAGUGAUCUGACUGCUGGCCAGAGCUACAAUGUGACACUGACUGUGUCUGCGACAGACAGAACACCAGGAUACUACUCUCAACAGUUGAUUGUUGAGAGUACCAAUGCGCCUUCUAUGAAGAUAGUGUGUGUGUCGUGUCAAGCACUGUACCAAGAUGGGAUCAGUUCUGCCAAACAGCUUGCGUUACAGGGAAUCUGUGCAAACUGCGGAUCUGCCACAGUCACCUACACGUGGAAUGCCACGUAUGUUGACAGUGGAACUAGUACCUUUAGCCUGACUACUACCAACACACACACUGGAGAUUCCAAGUCAAAUCUUGUAGUAAAAACAGGACAAAUUAUUGACGGUAAGCCGUACACAUUUGGACUUACAGUUACAAAGACGGAGAACUCGGUGACCACCACUUCCUACGCUGAGAUUGAGUUACUCGCCAAUAUGCCUCCAAGUGGUUCAGGCUGUAACGUGUCAACUACAACCAUUACUGUGUUUGAUACUUUGACCAUUGACUGUUUGGGUUUCUCCGACCCAGACAGCUCCUCCACUGAACUAACGUACAAAGUGAUUGCCUACAGUACAGAUUCCGCCUCUGUUGGACAGUCUGUCAUCAUUUAUUCUGGCCCGCAGUCUCAGGUAGAUGUCUUCCUUACAUCCUGGCCCGGAGUAUCCAGGACAACAGUUCAAGUGAAGGUGUUCAUUAUUGACAGCUUCGACGGCAGCUAUGAAGGAUUUGACCAGAUGAUCACAGUGACCAGACCAACACUGACAGCAGGACAGACGAUGAUGGAGUACAUGUGGGAAAAGACUAAUACGGAGAUGUUGGGCUUCGUCAAGGAAAACAGUCCCACGCUGCUGUUACAGUAUUCUAUUGUGAUGAUUCACGAGCUUAACGAGUUGUCCCGCGUGGCCACUAACGACUCGGAGAAGUACAUGCGGGCCACCCUGAGGAACAUCCUUGCACUGACAGUGCUAGGACUGCCAUUUGAGGACAAUGUUGAACGACAACAGGCCGCCACCUUCAUGGAAUACUUAACUGGCCAUGCGGACGAGUUUCAGACUAGUUUCUGUCAGGAUCUGGUUCUAGUUUUGACUCAGAGCCUGAAGUCCACUAUGGAAAAAGACGUUCGACAGGGUGUGGAUAAGAGCAGCGCCCUGACCAGUAAUUUACUUGCAGCUGUCGCCAAUGUCAUGUCUGGUGUGAACAUGGCGGUGUACUCCACGGAUACCUCCCUGGUCUCUGGUUGGUUUAAUGACACCAUACAGCUGUAUAUUCCAUCUGUGAGCAGUCUGAACCCUUUCUCCUCUUCCUCCUCCUCCCUCAACGCAGAAACGCAUCGCCAGUCUGUUGUCACUAAGGCACUGUCAGAGGCUGAGGACAUCAUUGCUCUCAAUCUCAAGUCGACCUUGUUGGGGCAAGAGCCUUUGGUAUACACAAUAAACAGCAUGUCUGUGCACGGACAGAGGACCACCAGCGAUGACCUAAACCUCGAUUAUGUCGCGGCAGGAAGUGGCAUCACAGUCAGCAGUAACAUGCUCCAGAGUAAGAUGACUGCCGGUACAGAAGUGUUCCAGAUCUAUAUCAACAAUGACCCGAACCCAUAUACCUGGGGAUUUACUCACGAUUUUGUUGUUAACACCAAAACUGCCAGUCUCUCUUUCAAAGACACCGAUGGAGCUGACAUCUCUAUAGAUGGAUUAGGGGAAGGGGACUAUGUCAGGCUGGCUCUAACUGAUGAGGAAGCGACUGUAGAUGUUUCUAAUGCUAGUGUAGUUGGAAACACUGGAUAUGAUCAGACGAAGAACCUCCAUUACACUUACAGUACCAUAAACAGUGAAACACCAAAACUGAUCACCCUAACUCCCAGCUCAGGAGUGGAUGGUGCUGCAGUAUACAUCCAGGUUUUAGCCAAGAAUAUUGACGGAGCUUCUGCAGAAGCUUUAGUAGCCCCGUCCAAGGCAUCUUUCUACCUUGGGAUCGACAUUGCUAGUCCCUCAUCGUCGCAGAACACCGAAACAAUAGAGCUUAUAGCAUCGGACAUACUACCAAGUGAUCAUAGGAACCACACGUUCUACAUCAGUAACUUUGACACAACAAAGACCUACCGAAUCUCUGUAUAUGUCAACGAUACCUACAUGUUGAAUGUGUCAACAGCCAUGUACACGGUCUCGUGUAUGUACUACGACACUACGGAGCUGGCUUGGUCUCCCUCCGGCUGUUAUCCCACCGCCGAGAGCACAGCUACGGCCAUUGUGUGUGAAUGUAACCACUUGACAGCCUUCGGUGGGGGAAUGUUAGUCCCCAUUGAUGCCAUCAGCUUCAGUGAUCUGGAGUUCAUUGAUCUGUACACCAACCCUGUUGUGUUUGUGACCUGCGCAAUCAUCUUUGUGGUAUACCUCGUUGCAACCAUCAUCAGCAGACGUCUUGACCUUCGUGACCUUGAGAGAAUCUCAUCUGUGCCCUUGUGUGGAAAAGAUGGCUCCUUCAAAUACGAGAUAACUGUGGUUACAGGCAAACAGAGAAAUGCGGGAACCUCUGCUCAUGUUGGCAUCAAAUUGUAUGGAGAGUAUGGUAAAAGUAACAGGAAACAUUUAUCGAAAAAGGGAGCAUUCCAAAGGAACUGUCAAGAUUCCUUCAUCAUUGCCCACGAUACCAACCUAGGGGACAUCUCCAAGGUGUUUGUCUGGCAUGACAACCACGGACUGGACCCUAGCUGGUACAUGGUACAGGUCAUUGUCAGGGACCUACAGACAGACCAAAAGUACUACUUUUUUGGAAACAUCUGGCUAACCCUCGAAAAGGAACAUGGAUUCAUACAGAAAGAGAUCUAUGCUGCUGGCUCUGCAGAAAUUCAAAAAUUCACAAGGAUAUUUGGUCAUGCUUGGUCAAGUUCUGUGUCUGACCGUCACUUGUGGAUGUCUGUGAUGGAUCGCCCAGCCAACAGUCGGUUUACACGUGUCCAGAGGGCCACCUGCAUAGUGACCAUCCUGUAUGUGUUCAUGUGUAUCAAUGUCAUCUGGUACGGCGUUAUCAAAACGUCGGACUCAAACCUUGGUACAACCGGCUUUGGGUGGCAGGAAGUUGUUGUUGCCCUGGCUACCAACGCUGUGGUUUUCCCUUUCAGCAUUCUUCUUGUUAGCAUAUUCAAGAAGAGUCGUUCAAAGAACAAUGUGUUUGAACAAGGUAUCCGUUCAGGAACAGCUGAGACCAUUGAGAUUGACAAUAACUGUGACCAGUCUAUUUAUUCCUCCUUCCAAACAAACGAGGACCUCCUGUCCUACCUUGGAGAAAGGGAGAGUACAGAAGAAUCAAUACUGGCCGCUACAGCUCCAACGAAUCUGGCUUUACGUCGUACAAAAACACUGAAGUCAUCACUAAAAAUGGAGAGAAUGCCAUCAUCUACUGAUAGCUUAAAUAGCAGUGUAAUGAGUGAUAAAAACGACAGAAAGCUUGAGAGGACAAAUAACCCUGGUGUAUGGGAACACGACACCUUCAAGGAAAGUUGGCUGAAACGCCUGAAUCCUAGGCCAUCUACAGAGGAGUCCAAGCCAAGUACCAGCACAUCAGCCAAGCAGAACAGGGCUACACUAAAGGCUGAGGCUGAGGAUGCUGCUGAUGACAUCAUGGAAUACCUUGAUAAUAUGGAAGCUGACAUCAGUAAAAAAGAACAGACUAACAGAAAAAACAGAAAUCCUGGUCAGUCUACAUCAGGCCUCAACAGGAACCUAUCUGUGCACCGUCCAAGUACAGAGGAAAGCCAGCCGUCAAGUAAGGACAAGAAGGGUAAAGGAGGGCUAAAGAAGGGGGCCCUCAAAAGGAAUGAUUCAAUCCACAGCGUAGGGUUAUCAGCUGUGUCCUCCGACUCAUAUGCCAUCCCCUCCUCCUCGGGAACCCAGCGCAACUUCACCCCAAGAGAGGAGGCCAGUCUCGCCAACAAGAAACCCACCUCUGCAGGCAGUGUAGCUAAGUGGGUGUCCAGACUGAGGCCCGGCGCGAUGCGCACCAGUGACAUGCCGUCAGUGGAGCAUACCAACGUGUCAGGGGCAAAUCCACUGCGACCCAACUCCAUGUUGACACGUCAGAUAUCCCAGCCGGACAUCAUCACUCAUGGCAUUGUCGGGUCAUUCACAAUGGAUAGAAGUGAAAUUAGAAAGAAGAAGUCUGGCUGUACCCUACCCUCUUGGUGUGUGUAUGUGGGAUACUUCCUGUGCUUCUGUCUCAGUGUGUUGUCUGUCAUCGUGGUUAUGCUGUACGGCUACCAGCUUGGCGCCGAGGUUGCCCUCCAGUGGGUCCUUGCCCUCUUGUUCAGUGUUACAUUUUCCUUCCUUGUAUUUGAGUCCUUCAAGGCUCUCUUCAUGGCCCUGUACAUAGCCGGUAUUGAAAAGAAGGUGGAUCCUUACGAUGAAAACGACGUUAUUGAUAUUGAACCAAUUAUAGACAAUGCUGUUGAGACUGUCAAGGAGAUGAAGUUCAAACCACUGGCCGGUUUCUCGCUGGUGAAGGCUAAGGAGGAGGGCCAGAAGGUUCAGAGGAUGCGACUGAUGCUGCGCCAGUUCGUGGCUUACAUGUUCUACCUUUGGCUGCUCAUGGUGCUGUGCUACAUAAACUUUAACUCCAGCCAGUACUACUUCACCUACAGUACGGAGAACCAGUUCAUCAGGACCACCGUUUCCAACGAAACCUACUCAUUCCAAAACAUGACCAGUAUUCAAGAUUUCUGGGUGUGGAGCCAGGACGUCCUGGCCUCAGCGCUCCAUUGGGAGGAGAUCAACAACUACACAGAGUACGGCACACUCCUCGGGACUGCCCGGCUCAGACAGGUCCGCAGCCUCACAGAGAAGUGUAUGGCUUAUGAUUCCUUGAUGGUCUUGGGCAGUGCUAACUUUCUGUCGGGAAAGACCUGUGUUGGGUCAGGCAGCUUCGACGAGGACCAGAGCUCGUACGGAGAGACAUGGUCCGUCAACCAAGCACAAAACAUGUCCUGGAACUACUACACCUCUGACCUAACUGGAAGCAAAUGGCGACAAGGCAAUGUGUUCUCAUAUGGAGGUGGUGGGUAUGUACAGUUCCUAGGGACAAACUACACCGAGACGCUAGCGAUACUACAGGAUCUACAGGCCAAGGACUGGAUCAACCUGCAUACCCGUGCUGUGUUUGUAGAAUUCACCUUGUACAAUCCUGCCACAGACUUGACUACCCAUGUCAACCUACUUGUGGAAUUACCUCUCACAGGCUCGAUCAACACAACAUAUCAGAUACACAGUCAGAAGUUACUCAGGUACAUCGUAGAUAUUGUGGACCCUAUGAUAGUGUGUGAGGCGAUCCUGUUUGUGGUGGUAGUGUACCUGUGGAUACACAUGGCCUUACUGAUACGAGAGGAGGGCUGCUCAUUCUUCACCAGUGCCUGGAAUAUUUACGAGUUACUCACCACACUCAUGGCCAUGGCGGCCAUAGGCCUGUAUGUGGGCUGUGUGAUUCAGGCCACCUCCACCUUCGAUGAGUUCCUGGCCAAUUCGUCCAGCUUUGUCAACUUUGAGACCACCGUAGAUGUCCACCUGUCCAUGAGAUAUGUACAGGCCUGGCUUCUCUUCCUGCUCAUGUUCAAGAUUGUGAAGCAGUUGAGAUUCAUUAAGAUCCUGUACAUCUACGAGAGGACUCUCAGUGAAUCGGUUGGGAAACUCUCUGGUGUUGCUCUCAUAUUUGCCAUCCUCUUUCUUAACCAUGGAAUGGUUUCCUACUUGUGGUUUGGACCGUAUGUGGGAGGAUUUGAGAGUUACUGGAACACACUGACAACACUACUUGGAGCUAUUCGAGGCACGUUUGAUUUCUGGUUGCUGUUUGAGCAUAGUCGAGUUUUCACCCACUUCUUCUUCUUCUCCUUCUAUAUCUUCGUGUACGGCCUGACGGUUUGCUUGGUUGUGGCCAUCUUGUCAGAUACGUACAAAACGUUGCGCUCACAAAUGUUCUUCAAGUCCACACUCGACAUGCAAGAUCAUGAAAUGAUAGACUUCACCAUGAAAAGGUUCAAGAUGUGGGCGGGGAUCACCAAACCUAAGCCGGAGUUCCGUGCUGUGCGGUUCCCUGGCCUUCCGUCUGUGUCCAGCAGGUGUACAUCGAGUAGUUCCACCAGAUCGUUCGGCGAGGCAUCAGUCAGUUCUGAUGGUCUAAGUAUGCUGUCGACAGGAGGGUCAGCCAAUGCUGCAGCUCGCCUGUCAUCCACCUGGCAGGACGUCCUGCGCACUAUGGAUAGAGUAACCCACCUUGAUGGUGUUGAAGAAGAUCUCAUCAAGAAAUGUCAAAAGGAGGUUGAUGAAUGGAAAUGGCAGAACCGCAUCAGUAACAUGGAGAAAGAAAAUGAUGGACUCCUCAAUUGGACAAAGAAAAAGCCUCCUCCUACCCCUAACACUCGUACAACCAGAAUACCCAAGAGAAUUCCAACACAACCUCGUCUGACUGCCAAGUCAGAAGGAACAGCCAAAACACCACCUACAAAACCAGUAGUUCAGGGCAAGGCAACGCCAAGGACGUCCCGCCCCCUCAGUGACCAGGGUGGGCGGGCAGCACAGAGGGCUGAACAGCCUGGCCCCUCACAAGACAGAAUGUCAAUAUUUGACUUCUUCAAAAGUAUAAAACCAUCAAAACCUGCGUGGUAAACCCCGUACUUGCCAUGCAGGCAAUGUUCAUAUUGUGUUCAGUAUAAAGUUAUUUGUUCAACUUAUUAUUUUUAUUAGAACUAUUAUAAUUAGUGUUUAUUUAUAAGAAACGUCAUUGAUCCUCAUCAUUAGCUAUUUUUACAUGACACACAAGUUUGUCUCAUUAUCAAUCUGUGAUAGAUGUCACGCUGAUAGAGUUGUUAUGUUUGUUAGUCUUCACGGGAUAGUCUCCAUUAUUUCACAUUGUUCAAUUUCACCUGUGCCAAUUAUCAAAGGAAGAGAUGAAAAUUCAAAAUGGGAGAAGAAUUCAAGCGACAGUACAUAUUUUUAUUGUGAGACAGAGACUCACACAGAACCACAGAACUGGGGAAAUACCUGUGGAGAAAACAGCUGCUGAAGCUGGAAAAUGUGAUUCAUUGAUGUGUGAACUACAAAAGACAAGAUUGAAGGAUGUUUGUUUACACGAUCAACUGCCUUAUGAGGAAUAUUUUGUUGGGUGAUAAUGUAUGGACAUUUGAGACGUACAUUGUAUUUCAGUUAUGUUUGAUGACUACAGAUGACCAAGGAAUCGCACACACGCUGUCAGACAUGUUAAGUGCUAUGUCGGGGAUGAAUUAUAGUCACUACAACUCAUUCAUGUUUUAUUAACAGAUUCUUUUAUAUAAAACAUGUGCAUAUUCCUUUUAAUACAUGUGAUUAUUAAAUCUGUAAUUUUAGUAUCAUAAGUCAUUAUUUUAUGUUUGGUAAUACAGUGUAAUUAUAUGAGAUGUAACUUGAUUUUUUUUAGAGUAAGAUUAGAUUGAUAGAUACGUGUCCGAAACCUGAAUGUAUUGUUGGAUGCUAGGUACAGCAAACAUCUGUCAUUUGAAUGUGAUUUGUUAUUGGCUAUGAUUCAUCUCCGUGACUGAUGUUUAGGUUAGUGCCCACAGUUUAACCUGGUGCUUGUGUGGGUGAAGUGUGGAUUCCUGUUGGUUUAUGCCCUAUUACUGCAGAGUUACACAGUAAUAGUCGGCAACCUGUCACACACGCGUUGUGAGCAGUGUAACCUGUGAUAUAAAAACAUGACAUUUUAUAUAAAAACUGAUUUUUUUGUAUAUACUUUACAAUAGACCAAGAUACUGCCUAGACAAUCAUUGAGUUUGCUGUGACUUAUCUCCCUUUAGUACACAUUGUGUGUUAGGUACUAGAUCAUAACCAAGGGUUAGGUUUCACUCAUCAAAUGAACCCUCAUCAUUAUUCCUAAACUAACACAAGUGCAUUGUAUCUUACUAGAUGCGUUCGUUUAUGAACGUGACUAAUUUUCAGUGCCUUAAGUUGUUUUUAUAAACUGUUUUAUUUUUUCAUUGGUGGAAUCAAUGAAUUUGUUAUUCAUUUUUUGAAGGGGAAAUUGGAUAAAAGAACUCCUUCUUUUAUAACUGACAACUUGGACACUCAAAUCUUCAACUGUUGACUUUUGAAGGAUAGUUUGAUCAAUUUAAAUACAGCAAAAACAUGUCAUGCUAAAGCAUGAUCUCCAUGAACAACUCUGAGAAAGUAUUAAACUUAUGAAUAUAGGUAGAGGUAUUAUUUUUACCCAUUUAGGGUUAUUGUUAAGAGUUGAUGAUAAACUUUUUGGAAUACUUGAAUUCAUUAACAAAGGUUCCAUUGGAGUACUAGUGUCUAUGCAGGAUACCUACUUUCCCCCUGUUGUUGUUGCAGUACUUUAAAAAUAACAUGCAAAUAUAAGCUUGAACCUCGUCAGUGCUUCGUUAUUCAAAGUCAACUAAUGCUAACCAUCCACACUAUAGCUAAUAAAUAUAGAGAGUAUAACUGUUAUCCACAUGAAAUUGUAUCAAAAUUAUGUAAACUGACUAUAUGAAAAACAUACCGUCCAAUGAUAAUGUUUUAUACAUUCCCACCUGUUAAUUACUUUUUAUACAUAUACCGUCCAAUAAAAAAGUGUUAUACAUACAGGAUCUGAUAAUCUAUUAUAUAUACCUUCCAAUGAUAGUGGAUAUAUGGGGUAUUACAUGUUUUCUGUCCAGUGAUAAGGUAUUUAUGCCGUCCAUGUAUUUAGACUUAUUUUGUGUUGGGUUUGGGCUACCUCCAUGUCAGACUAAUGUUUGUAGAAUCCUGUGCCAGUGUGUAUAGAUCUGUUAAUGUAUUGUUAUAUUUGUUCAGUUUAUUGAACCACAUUCCAGAAAAAAACCAAGAUGGAUGAAGUCGUGUCAAAUUUUCAUCGUUUUCUAAACAGUUUAUAAUGGCACAUUUUUGUUAAGUUUUAUCAACUUUUUUUUAUAUUAAACUGUCAAUUUUAUCCCAGUGCUUUUGUGAUGAAAGACCUGUCAGUAUUGAAUGGAAAAUAUCUAUCUAGGCAGUUGAUGGUCCUUCCUGUUUGAAAUCAAUGUGUGGGUGAUAUGAAGGAUCCUUUACUAAUCCAGGGAUUUGUUUAUUGGUCCUGUUUACUCUGUAACAAACAGAAGUAUAUACGUGUAUGUACAUGACAUUAUUGUGCCAAUGGGUUGCUCAGCAGCUACAGAGAAAAUCACCAACACUUUCUAGUGACUCUGGCAAUGAAACCCUGGAAUAUUAGAGUUUAGAAAAGUUGUAAAUUUGACAAUGAUCCCAUCUAUGAAUAGGAUUUUUCUGUUGUUUCUUUUUGUUACUCUUACAUUCCGUCCUGCUAGAAUGUUUAUUUUCAUACAAGAAUUACUAGGUAUUACAUUAGAUGUAAUCAUAUUUACCUACCGAUAAAUUGCUGCAUUCAAAUGAUUUUUCUUAAUUUUUGUGUAGGAAAUGUGUUUCAACAAUUUUGGUUUUUAUUACAACAUAGUUGUACUGUUACAUUGCAUUAUAAAAUAAUGAAAAGAAAAAUCUCAAUUAGUGCUCAUAUUACAGAAUAUGUAAACAACCACUUGAAUUGUUGUAUAUUUAAAAAAGUGCUGAUCUAUUUACUCAAGCUGACACCUCCAGUGAUAUCAUUUAAACAAUAUGAUUUUGUGAUUGGUUUAAACAGGUAGAUAUGAUUGAGUGAUGAAUCAGAGACAUAGUAAAAAAGAAUUUCAGAUUUGUUCAUCAUUCUCCCCAAGCCAGAGCCCCUCAGUUCUCUGUUUACAAGUGUCUAAAGCCAUUAUAUGGGAGGGUAUGGAUGGGAACCCCUUAGUUCUCAGUUUAAGUGUCUUAAUCCAUUAUAGUGGGAGGGUAUGGAUGGGAGCCCCUCUGUUCUAUGAUUUUAAGUGUCUUAAUCUUCAUUGAAAGGGUAUAGGUUGGAUUCCCUCGUAUCUUUCUCCACGAGUGUCUUAAUCCAUUAUAAUGGGAGGGUAUGGAUGGGAGCCCUUCAGUUCUAAGUUUAAGUGACUGCAUCCAUUAUAAUGGGAGGGUAUGGAUUGGAACCCCUCAGUUCUAAGUUUAAGUGUCUGCAUCCAUUAUAAUGGGAGGGUAUGGAUGGGAGCCCCUCAGUUCUCUAUAAGUGUCUUAAUCAUCCAUAAUAAUGGAAGGGUAUAGAUGGGAACCAGUCUUGUUUUCUCUUUAUAAGUGUCUUAACCCAUUAUAAUGGGAGGGUAUGGAUGGGAACCCCUCAGUUCUUCUGUUCUUUAUUUAUAAGUGUUUUACACCGUUACAUUGGGAGGGUAUGGAUGGGAACCCCUCAGUUCUCUAAAGUGUUAUAAUAAAUGUUGGUAUCGGGGAACUAGUUGUGCCUGUAACAUAUACUUUGUUAGGAAUGGGA